AUGUUUGCUCCCAAGCUCCUCGCCGUCGUCUCCCUCCUUUCUGGAGCCGUCUUCGCCGCUCCCGCUCCCGCUCCCGCCGCUGAGCUCACCGAUGCCGACGGCGCGUCCGUUCUUCUCAAGCGUGGCGAGGGAAUUCACCUCAUGAACUGCGAACCUACCAACGGCGCCACCAAUUACAUCUCUGCCGUCGUUUACUGUGCCAACGACGGCAACUGCAACAACCUGUCUUACAGCCACUCCUCCUCCAACGUGUGUGUCAAGAGCACCAGCGGCUCUAGCGGCGCUUAUCACGUCUGGGAGGGCAGCACGCAGUCGUGCACCUUCUCCAGUGGCGUCACUUUCUCCUGGGCCAUUGGAAAAGAAGCUCAGACUUGGCCCGAUUAUACCUAUGUUGGAACUGGAGUCAACGGCUAUAGCACGUUCUCCGGAUACAAGGACGACAAGCAUUACGGCGUCACUUACAACUCCCACAAAUGCCGCAGCAUCUAUUACUACAUCUGA